AUGCUCCGUAAGCGUUUGGUAUUCAAAAUUGUAAAGGAUGCGCUUAGCCGUAAGUCGUUGAGACCCUUUAAGCACAUCCAGGAAUCAUUCGACCAUCAUUUGCAGCUCUCUCUGGAUCUCAUUGAUAAGCGCCAGACCAUCUGCAGGCGUCUGGAAGUGGGGGAUAAUGUGUACGAUCGAGUUCCCUCGCAUGAGGGUGCCCAGAAUCAUACAUCAGGGGAAAGGAAGGACCAUACAGGCGCUGAUUUGGACGUUAUUGGCAUUGAUGUUUUGAAGCCUUUUGAAAUUGUUAUGGGCUUUCAGGUUUUGGCUAUGAAAUGUGCAUCCGAGGUGGCAAAGUUGGAACAGAUUGAAGAUCAUGAGAAAUUCCGGUACCGGUUACAUGCUUUGCUGAGCCUUGCGUGCCACCACAUCGAAGGCUUCAGUUUCGUCAGAUUAUCAUUGAUACUAAAUUCGCUAGCCAAUAUUAUCAGGUGGCAUCGUGAUGUUACUGAUUCCCGGCCUCCGAACUCUGGAGGUGACCGAAUGGGUCGAAAUGAUUUUUGCUCUGUUCCUGCUGACCGGUUAGACAGUAUAUUCGGGGGCAAAUUUUCUGCAGACCCCGAAGGCAACGAUUUGGAACUAACAUUUAAAAGAUUUCAUGCAUUAUUAGAAACUCGUUUUAUGCUGCAUCUCUGCUUAUACGAGAAGUUCGGGGCAUCACGAACACAUGAGGAUCCGGAUGUAGGACACAUUGACGCCCACAGUGUCUGCUUGCUACUCAAGUACUACUUGGUGGUUGGGGAUAUGAACCGAACUCUGUUCUACCUCAUUCUUCGAUUCAUACGACAACAGUCUCAAUUCGAGCUGAGGGAUGUCAUGAACAUGGUGGUUUCUCUGAGCAUGAUGGAUGGUGCAUCGGACUUAUACUCACCAGUGGAUUUGCAACAGCUACAUGCCGCUGUUAGCGUGUUUAUGGAGCAUAACAUCUCCGAUCCAUCAGCCAUAAAUUUGUCAGGAGAGAGUUCUUCACUUCCCGAACUUUGGGAUAAUGAAACCGUAAAAAAUAGAAGUUUAGUUGAACUCCUGCUCAUUACCUUGGCUGAAAAGGAACCCACUGGAGGUGCUGAUUUGCAUCUAUGUCAUUUAUACAUAAAGGCUCUCAUGGUUUUCCGAGACCGAGGGGUGCCCGAAGAACUACUCGCGGCACUAGCGUCUGAUGCCUUGAAAAACUCGACCCAUGUGUUUUCAUCAGGCGACGUUUUGAAGGGAAGAGGCUUUGACAAGUUUGUUGCCUACUUACAGAGCAUUAAGAUAUGUGUUCGUGACAGCAGCAUUUUGGAACCUGCGGCUCUGCAAAGCUUCUUUCUGGACGAGCAGGUUCAACGGAGAACUUUGAGCUCGUUGUUGCGGUUGGCUAAGGAACCGAGUAACACCAACGUAAAAUCGCUGGUUACACUAUGCGAUACCAUCAAGUUUGUGUCUGCAAUCAAAAACACCGCGGAAGAUCACGCAGCGCUUUUAACGCACCUUCGUUCCACGUUGAGCAGGGUUUUACCGGUGAUCGUUCUCGCUAAUAUCAAUCGCUUCAAGGUCGGUGAUAUUGUCGCGGUGUAUGAGUACCUGCAUGACGAUAUGCCCGCAAGGAUGGAAGUUCAAAAGAUGCUGUUCAAUUUGUAUGCAAAUUUGAAUUCUGGAGAUAAUACGCCGGAUGUGCUAGACAUUUACACCGAGACGACCACCCUUAUGACUUCAUUCCACAAGCAUAACUACAAAAUAGAUCAUGCGGUGCACAAUCAAAUAUCCAGUUGGAUAUUGGGGACAUAUAAAAUCGCUGGUAUUAAGGAUGUGUCGCUGCUGCUCAGGUUCCUCCAAUCCACCGCUCGCAUAUGCAAAAUUGAACCUGAGAUUUUCAUAAUAUACGAUUUCAAUAUCCUGCUGAAUUACGUUUUUGAGUUUGACGUGUGGAAAGGGCACGUCAUUCCGUUGGUGGAUAUAAUUUACAAUUUGUUGCCCCAUUGGGCUAACGGGUUUACUGAUGCAUUAAUGAAGUCAAAUUUAGUCAAGCUCCUCGAGCAUUACCACUUGUCAACCAUAGUACCUAUGGCAGUGCAGAGUUGUGAAGGCCGACCUUCUGGCAAGGAUCCAAACAGUGACCGUAUGUCACCUCUGGAUAUUUCGACUUUCGCCAAAUAUACACAUUUAGUGUGGUCGUUAAGGAACACUUCUCCUGUCUCGCAUGAAUUGUGGGAUCGGCAUCAAACAGUCAUUGUAGACGGUAUUUAUAACUGUACUAACAUAGGCAAGUUAUCCCUGGGUGACGAUGGCCCGGUGUGCUCCAACAAAAAUACCAACGUGAAAAAAUGCGAAAUGUGGCAGUCUUUCAGCGUGCGCCUGAUGGUGGAAAUUCUACUAGAUAUGCACCGCCAGCAUUUGGGGUCUUCCGGUGCCGAUCACUCUGCGCUGCCCAAAGAACAGCGAGCGAUGUCGUUUCUGUGUCGGGAGCUGUUGAUCGGCCUGGAUGUUUUUGACGACCACGCUGCGUCAAUGACUCAGUUACUAACACUGAUCCUCGAAAAUGAGGAACAUAUGCCUGACUGCCCGCACUUCACGGAUUUAGUUUGCAAACUGAACUCCGUGGUCAGCGCACGCUGA